AUGGUUAUAUCUAUAAAGGUAGAAAAACCUCUUGUCUCUGGCACUCGGGCCCAGCGAUUGCGCCGCAUGCGUAAAGCAGAUCAAAUUGCUGCCACUCAAGCUCGAUUCUACGGCAAGCAAGUCGAUAACCAACAAAAUCAACAUCAUCACAGUGUCGACAGUCCAAUGCUUGGCCACGAUGGCUUUUCAGAAGUUGACGGGACCGGGACCGAUGGCUAUGAAACUCUGCUUCCUGAAGAGCCGGACGACGACUUGGACUGGAUUACAUUAGAUGAACCUGCUGAGACUGACUUUGACCGAGCUGUCCAUGCGGACAAAGAACGUUGGCAACAGCAGGCCAAGGAGCACAACUGGAACACGAUCAUUGAAAAGCUCCAUGCAUUCUACUUAGAUUUGAAAGCGCGAACGAAGAACUGGACCAAUUCCGAGGCGUGCACAGACUUCUCAAGGUGCAUUUGUCCCCCUCACACACUGAGGAAACGUAUGGUGGACCAAGUUGACCUUUUCGCCCAGUACCGCGUCGAGGUUCCAUUCUGUCGAUGUACUCCUGAUGCCAUCCGGCUACUCCAGACCGGAUUUCUUGCGGCCUCUCCUGUUAAACCCCAAACCUGUUUCUCUCUCCGACUCCUGAUUUUCCAUAACUCCUUGUGGAACCACUGCCACAUUGGGGCUUUGCCUUUCACCGCAGCACUCACCGAGUGGCUUGAACCUCGAUCAGAAAGAUUGACCGUUCGCCACCAAAAGCGGGUAAACAUGCGUAAACCCUUUGCAGCUGCGGUCGACCUCUAUCGGACGUUGGUGAAUAUGACAGACAAACUAGUAAACCAAGCGUUGAGGUUGACUCCUCAAGAAAUUCUUGCUUCAAAGUCGUGUCCUGCCUGCUUUGGACCCCAACCUCCCAAUAUUGAAGAAUAUCCCGAAACCACUCGAAACAAACUCAUCAUAUGUGUUGAUGGCAAUUUUCAACAUCGCCACCAAGCCAAAGCUAGCCGCGACUACCGACAAAUCGAGACACCACGCAUUUUUCUUCCUCCAACUGAGAUCAGUCAAAUGAAGGAUACCAUACAAGCCAAAGAGUUGGAGCUCAAGCCCCCCAAAAAGGCGGAUCGAUGCGCUGAUUCACACAAGGCGGCAGAUGACAAACGGAACGAGUCGACAUGGAAGGGAUGCGAUGACACCGGGCUCAUGGGAUGUUGCUGUCGUCACGACGCCGCCAUUUACAUGGGAAACAUUUUCAAGUCCGGCGAACAACGCCAUCUCCCAUUGGCUCUUAUUAAUUGGGUGAUCGAAGAAUGCGAGCAGGAUCGCCAUAUCGGUGUCUUGUAUGACCUUGGCUGCUCACUCGACAAAUUUAUUGGUGCAUUGGAUUAUCAUCCCCGAUUCAACGACGGCUGGGGACUUUCUGACGGGGAGGGGCUCAAACGAUUAUGGGCUUACUUGUCUCCGCUGGUCAGUCCCCUGUGUUAUUCCACACGCAACCAUCGACUAGGAUCACUUGCCCACCGCUUGGAAUAUCACAACUACAGAGGAAUAAAAGGUUUACCUACCUGGCUUCACCGAAAGUUUUGCGCUGCCAUCAAGCGGCGCGAAGAAGCUCGCCUGGUCCUUUCUGGUCUGUUGGAGAUGCGCAACCCUCACAUUUCAUCUGGUGGGAACUACACUCGAGCGUUUUUCAAAAAACAAUGGAAAGCACAAGGAGUCUUUCAAAAGGAGCAUACCGAAGCCGAAGCAGAUCGUCAAGCAAAGCUGGUCAGCAUGUACAAACAGGAGGUCGUUGUGGAGUUGUUGAGGAAUCGCCUUCAAGGACCUGAAAUCUUUUUAGCAACUGAGCAGGAAGUGAUUGACCUUUUGUCAUCUAUUUCCGAGCACUCCGAGAAGCUGAAGAAGCUACGGGAAGAACUUACUGGGGAGCACAGGAUGAAUAAUGUUGGAGAUGAUGAGGAGUCGAAGUUACUGUUGUUGCUUUGGGAUGCCAAAGCCGACCUCUUUGUUCAGGUGGUUCACAUUCAAGCUGAAAUGCGACCGAUUACGGAUUCGAAGUCGAUAGGUGCUUGUUUGGGGACCAAGCUUAAAGAGAAAAUCUACAAGGCUCGGCAAGCUCGCCGGCCCGCCGUCAAAAGAUAUAUCAACACUUUUAAUCGCUGCUACCAGAAUUAUACAACAAAGUUCCCCGAUCAGACACUGAGCGAUGCUGCAGACUAUCCCCUGGCGUAUGACGAUUUUGUCAAUUUUCCAUUGGAUCAUCGCUUCUGGAAUGAUGGAUUGUAUUAUCAUUCCAAAGCACCAUGGGCUAUUGAUCCGGAAGUUCGAGCAGGGAUUAAUGCUACCUUGACGCUCAGCCGAGUCCAAGAGGAGUUCCAACUCUUGGCUCAAGAGUUAUGUCGAGCAAUAGGUUGGGGUGUUGCCCACUCCAAGCGACUUAAGGAAACGAUUGGUCACAUAUCACGCCGUGUUUCCACCUUGGAAAUCGGGGAUAUCAAAAUGCCAGAAGAUUGGAUCGAUGCUGUGCCUGUGGGUGGGUUUAGGAGAAAACUCAGGUACAUAUUGAUCAAGAAAGAGUUGGAUCAACAAUAUAAAAGACACGCUGCAAUGAUGGACGAAUGGUCGGAGAAGAUUGACUGGCUUUGGCAACACUGUCAACCUUGGAGUAAUCGGGGAUACAUAUCAGAGUGGAACGAAAUGCUCGAAGAGAUCCGUAGGGGGUGUAAUGGUGUUGGUUCGACUAACCAUCAGGGAGUAGAUGAACAAAUGGAGGAGGCGGUCCUCAAGGUGGACCUUGACGAUGGAGAAGAUGCUGACGCCACACUCGUUUCUGAGUCAGCUGCGGAUCACGACACUGACGGGGCUGAAGAAGAAGGCAGAGACAACUGA